UGAUGUACAGACAUAGCUUAACAGUAACCAUAGAAAAGUUAGCUGAAAUUGUUGCUUUUCUUAUUGUCUAGUGGACCCUGUGGUACCAUCCUGCACUGAAGGACUCUAUCUGCCCAAGUUUCUGCCUCCAACCCCUGCCAACAGAGCUCAGCUGUACGCCCCUGUCAAUCAGACCCUGGAGAUCAGCAUCAACGCAGAGGCAAAUAAUUCCACAAUUUCUGAGCUGCUGUUUAGCGGGCCACACAAUGCAAACAAGACUUCAUCGGGAGCAGGACAAUUCAUCCUGAGAUGGACACCGUCUGUGAACGAAGACGGAGAAAGCCACCCAAUCUGUUUUGUUGUUCAGGCAAUUUCCAAUUCAAGCAAGUAUCACUCAGAGCUACGAUGUGUCAUUGUGACUGUUGGAAAUGGUGAGUUGAACAAUGAUUUGUUUUUUAAUGUUUUCACUUCCUUUACUGAUUUUCUGCAUUAAUAAAGUUCACUUCACUUGUAGUUUAUCUUUUGUUUUGACUCCGGUUUACAGACCCAACAACAACUACACCUACUCAACCAACAACACCAGUGGCUACAACCACUAUUCCUUCAACAACAACUACAACCAGCACUAUACUAACUACGACAGCAACACCAGCUACAACCAUCAGUCCCUCCACCAUGACUACACCACUUUCUACAACAACAAUCUCCACUUCAAUUACCACCACAGAGGCCACAACCCCUACAACACUACAAACUACAACAAUCUCCCCAACAACAGCUACACCAACUACCACCACACCAGAUACAACUAUCACAACUACACCCCUAACUACAACAGUGUCCCCAACAACAGCUACACCAACUACCACCACCACAACUACAACAGCAGUCUCCCCAACAACAGCUGCACCAACUACCACCACACUAGCUACAACCAUUACAACUACACCACUAACUACAACAGUCUCCACAACAACAGCUACAUCACCGGCCACCACACCAGUUACAACCAUCACAACUACACCCCUAACUACAACAGUCUCCCCAACAACAGCUGCACCAACUAUCACCACACCAACUACACCACUAACUACAACAACAGUCUCCCCAACAACAGCUGCACCAACUACCACCACAUUAGCUACAACCAUCACAACUACACCCCUAACUACAACAGUGCCCCCAACAACAGCUGCACCAAUUACCCCCACACAAGCUACAAACACCACAACUACACCACUAACUACAACAACAAUCUCCCCAACAAUAGCUGCACCAACUACCACCACAUUAGCUACAACUACCUCUACAAUACCACAAACUACAUCUGUUUCUUCAACAACCACACCAACAACAAUUCCACAACCAGUUACUACACCUGAUGACACAACAUCUUCCCC